GCAAGCGUGCUGGCAGUUCAGUUUUGACAGCUCAUCUUCCUUCAACUGUUGUCUUUGGUGUAAAACUCUUUUCCAAGCCAUGUUGACCUGUGUGAGGCCCAUUUGUUAUGUUUUAAUAAAAUUUUGAGGCUGUGCAAACAAGUGGGACAUUAUGCCAAAGUGUGAUGCAAAAACCAGAUAUAUCCCGGCCACAUUUGCGUGGACUCUGCUCAUCGUAGCCACAACUCUGUUCUUUUACUAUCCUAAAUGGAAUUGCUGUACGAAUGAAAUGGUGUGUAACUUGUAAGUUUUAUAGACCGCCCAGGUGUUCACAUUGCAGUGUAUGUAAUCAUUGUAUAGAGAAUGAUAUUAAUUUGUGUAGUAGCUCUCCUAGCAAUUCCAAUAUUCGGACUCACGGGUUUUCACAUGGUGCUGGUGGCUAGAGGCAGAACGACUAAUGAGCAGGUCACAGGCAAAUUUAAAGGGGGGUUUAAUCCAUUUUCUAGAGGUUGUUGGCAUAAUUGUUGCUACACACAGUUUGGGCCCCAAUUCCCAAGUUUAAUCAAAGAACGUGAAAAGAACAUCAAACGAAAACAGUGCCCCCACGGGCCGAUUGCGACCAUUACGAACGACAACCAAGUUAAGACUUACAUGGACAAUAGUAAUGGAGUUAGAAAUAUUAAUUCCCAUGCUUAUAAUAAGAUGUCUCCUGGACGAGACGCAAUAGAUAUGGAUAUGGAGCCAUCCGCAUCUCAGUCUCAAGAUUGCGAGCCUACGCCUCCUUUACAGCGGCAUGGAUCUAAAAGCAAUUUUUUUCUUCCCCCAACAUCAAUGGGCGGCCCUCCAGGGGGAAUGAUGGCUGUGCAGAUGGCAGGUCACAUGGCUAACCAAAUGAUGGGUCAGAACGGAGAUGACUCGCCUGGACGACAUUCCGUAAUGCGGCCUCUUCAUUAUCCGAGAGGUAGUCCCCAUCCAAGGCCAAGAGUGAUGGAAAGUGGGAGAGGUGGUGCAGCCGAUAAUUUAAAUCCAAUCCGAGCACGCCAACGCAGCCACGCAGGCCGGACUUUAUAGGAGUGGUUUAUGCGUCCACUCAGCCAGGAGCUGCUUAUUAUGAGUUUCAACCGUCGGAAACAGGAGCCAGCGUUCGUAGCGGACAACCACAUAGUCAUGGACAGUACGGAGGUAGUCCGCAGAGGAGGUUCAUGUCCGAGGGCGAAUUGGUUAGGCAAGAACAACAAUUGAGCUAUCCUAGAUCGAAUAAUACUGUGGACAAUAUAAGAGAAUUGGCUAAUUCUCCUCAAAGAGGUGUUUACAUGUGGAAGGAUACGUCGCCGUCAGGUUAUCCAUCUCCAGCUCAACAGCCAGACUUUUACCGAUCGAAUCCAACUAGUCCAACGCAACAACAAAUGUAUCCUCCGCAGGCAAAUACACGCACUUAUCAUCCCGCCAAUAGAGGAGGCGUUCCAGUUUAUCCUCCUUCCAGCCCUCAGGUACAAAGGAAGUUAGGAGCCGGAACUCCACCGACCGUCGGGGAUAAUAGGCGAAGACCAAUGUCUUUUGUUAGAGCGUUGGAAAUGUCGGAUAAUGUGGACUUAUCUUCGCAGACAUCACAAUGUUCCUCUCAUCCGAUCACUCAUCGACCGUCCACACCGGACCGCACCAGUGUUUAUGAUAUGAAUUACGAAAUUUCUGUAUAGGGCUGGAGAUGGCACUCUUGUCACAGAGAUAAUUGAGUGCCCUACUGCGAUACGUUUCUCUGUAUCAGAGACCAAACCCUAGUAACGUAGAGUUUGUAUUUUUUAUGGUGUUAAGUAGAAGACAAUAUAAGGAACACGAAUCCAAUUAUUGUCCUCAUUCAAUUUUAAUGUAAAUGACAAAAUCAAAUUAUGUGCCAUGUAAGGUAAAGCGAUGUAUUCUGAAACGUUCGCUUACUUCAUCUUUUAUUUGAAUUACACAUAAAUUAUGUACAUAAAUAAACUAGCUCUGUGGCUUGGCAAAGAUACUUGGAACCUGUACUGUGUAUGAACAUUAAAAUAAUUAUUGUUUUCUGUCAA